AUGCACAAGUCAAAAAAUAUCGAAAAUAAGACCAUCUUAGUCGAAGAGGUUGUCCGAGAUUUUGAUAAAAAUGAAGUUUUCGAGGAGAUAACCGCCAAGUUUACCUGGGAGCAAGACGUUGAGCGAUCAUGGAACCUGCUGGUGGAAAACAACGGCAUUCUGCAACACGUGAGUCAAGAAAACUUGGAAGAAAAAUGCAAACAAAAAUAUAAAAAGAAUCAAGUCUGCGCUUUGAGGAAAGGAAUAUUCAGGCAUAUAAUCAUUUUGUUCGACAUGUCCAGCAGCAUGAAAGAGAGGGACUUCAAGCCUGACCGGAUAAACGUUGUCCUCGAGAGUGUGGAGAGCUUCCUGACCAAUUUCUUCUUCAAAAAUCCGGUGGGGCACGUCGGAGUUGUGGCCCUGAAAAACAGCUCCGCCAAAUUAAUCCAGCCCCUGACGUCCAACAUGGAUGAUAUUAUGAAGGCACUACUAAAGGAGAGGAGUAUGGGUCUGCAGGGAUCUCCCUCUCUACAGCAGGGACUUGAAAUUGCACACGAUUUGUUGAUAGACAUUCCACUUUACGGAACGAAAGAAAUUUUAAUAAUAUAUGGGUCGAUAAGAACAUGUGAUAAAAAAAAUAUUCUAAAUAUUCUAAACCUAAUAGUUAAAAAUAACAUGCAUGUAAACUGCGUGUCGAUUGCUCCAGAAAUGCAUAUACUUAAACACAUAUGUGAGGAGACAAAUGGGGCAUACAAAAUCUGCAUGACGAAGAAUGCACUGUUGAACGAAAUGAACAAUGUCACGGAGACCCCUCUGUGGAUGAGUGGAAUGGAACCACAACUUAUUCAUAUAUGCUUUCCUGUAAAGAAAAAAAUUAGCACACAAAUUAUGUGUUCCUGUCAUAAUCAAUUAAACACCGAUACUUAUAUAUGCAACUUUUGCAACAGUUACACCUGUAAGAUACCAUCCAAAUGUAAAGUCUGUGGGAUGCAUUUAAUUUCGAUGCAUGAUUUGUCUCACAUUACGAACAACCUUCAAGGUUCUCCGCUUUUUCUUGAAAUUAAGAAUGAGAAGGAUGGGCCUAGUGUAUGUGUUUCGUGCAAUAAGAGGCUCUACGAUAAGGUGUCCCAAUGCUCCAAGUGCAAAAAUAUUUUCUGUCUCGGUUGCGAUUUGUACAUUCAUGAAGAUUUGAAUCAGUGUCCCUUCUGUUUGAUUCUCGAUACGUGA